AUGUCAAACUCCCAGAAGUCAUCCAGAUGGGGCUCCUUCUUGUCCCAGGCCGUCGCCGGCGUCGAGGCGAGGCUUGACAACAUCCUCGCUGAGGAAGAGUCCGCAAAACAGACCGCAUCGCAAAAGCCCACCAGACCAUCAUCCGCUUCCUCUACCACUACUCCCAAUGCGAACAUACCAACUCGGUCUGCUACGCCGUCUCGGUCUACCAACGAUAGAUUACAAGAACGCUUGGCUCGAGCUGUUGCCGCCAAGAAUGCCGCCCAAAGAUCCGAUUCUUCGCCUGUCAGACCAAAUAACGAAAUCGUUUCACCAAUUCAAAGUCCCCGUGCUAGCUCUGAUAUUCUCCUCAGGACAAGUUCUGAAAAGGCAGAGAGCUCAAGAGAUGAUACAACGGACAAAGAACCCUCUUUGGUACAGCUACCGGCGGCAGCUUCUAGUGGACAAGUCGAUCGCGAUGUACAGGUUGAAGGACCUCAGAAUGCCGCGAGCGAGCCUGAUGUGGUGACUUCCGAUAGUCUCUUAGGGUCAGAAUCUAUUUUAUCGUCGUCGGUCUUAUACGAGGAACGCAUUACAAACCUAGAGAAAUCCUUAGAAGAGGCCCAUGCACAACAUCACGAAGAGCUUCAUAGCCACGUAGAAAAGGUUGACGCCCUGCAGGCUAAAUUGCAAUAUCUAGCCCGACAGGCGUCGGAGACUGCGAGGAAUGCUGCUACCACUGCGCCGGUAGGCAGUGAGGAGAAAAUCAUUGCCGAGAAGGACCAACAAAUCGCCCAGCUGAUGGAAGAAGGACAGAAACUCGCAAACACGGAGCAGAAACACCGGAGCAUCAUAAAAAAACUAAGGGGUCAGCUUGCAUUAGACGAAAAGGAGCUGAACGAACAGAAGCUCUGGCGUCAAAAGGCAGAGAACGAACUUGCCGCACUACGGAAGAGACUAAACGAACAGGGUGAUAUGGAGAAGGCGAACGUGGAAUCUCGGAGGCAAAUAAGCCAACUUAAGAGGGAUUUGGAAAAAUUAAGAGCCGAGGUCGCCUCAAAAGACAACAUGGUAUCUGAGCUUAAGGAUCGACUACAAGAGGAAUCAGAUCAGGCUCAAAACCUAGCUGGUAAAGUCAACGACCAGCUACGGCAAGCGGGGGAGCAGCGUGUAAAAGAGUUAGAGGAUGCGGUGGCAGCGCUAGAGGUAGAGAAAGGCCUGGUAGCUGACCGUGCCAAGAUACAAGUAACAGAACUACAGGGAAAGGCCGAUAGAGUUGCGGAGCGUUCUCGCGCCGUAGAGCUAGAGCUCAAGGGAGAAAUUCAGAUUCUCGAAAGCAAAUUAGAAGCUCUUCGAAUCCGAGCGGAAGAAGCAUCGUCGGGCGCUGUGGGCGAUGCACAAGCAAAGCUGCUCCGCCAGAUAGAGACUCUGCAGACACAGUAUUCCAUCGCCAGCGAGAAUUGGCAGGGCAUCGAAGCAUCCCUAAUUGCAAAGACUGCGGUAUUGGAGAAGGAGAGGGACGAAGCGUUACGUCGCGAAUCAGACAUGAGGCGGAAAGCCCGUGAGACGGCUACUCGAGCCAAACGUCAGGAGGAAGAGCUAGAGGAAGCAAGGAAUCAACUUCCCAACGUCCAACAAGAUUUAACCUCGUAUCAAUCUCAACUCGAAUCGCUGCGUAGGCGAGCCGAGGAGGCUGAGGCCUCGUUGGCUGAAGCGAGAUCCGACUUCGAACGGCAGCGGCUGGCUUGGAAAGAAGAAAGGGCCGAACGGACGGAUCAGGAUCGGCGGAAUUGGUUGGAAGAUGUUCCAACCGCAGCGUUCCGCAGCAUUAGCCGUCCGGAAUCUCCUCUGCUAGCCGCACCACAGAGGACUUUCAGCGGCGAGUUCCUCGGGCUUCAGAGCUACCCGACAAGACUCCGCAAGACCUCGGCGCCCUCUAGUAAUGGUGAACCGAGUCCUGGCGAUCGGCCGGCCUCUGGCAGGCGGCCGUCAGCGCAACCUCCCAUCCGAUCGCCCAUGUUUCCCGUAACGUCGGCACAGUCAGGAACGCCGCCAUCCCUCCCCGGCGGCUUAGAAAUGUUAGCAUCUCCCUCGACGCACCCCAUCGACAGAGACGACGUCUUCGACAAUUCCGAGACUCCGGCCUCUCCCCAAAACGUGCUGCAAGAUAUGGUAUCAGUCUCGACUAUGACAGCGGGGCCGUCGGUGCAACUCGUUGAAAGGAUGAGCGCUGUCGUUCGUCGAUUGGAGAGCGAGAAAGUGGCAGCUAAGGAGGAACUUGCCAGGAUUUCGAGUCAGCGAGACGAAGCUCGCGGGGAGAUAGUUGUACUGAUGAAGGAAGCAGAGGCCGGGAAGGGAGCAAGGAAGAGAGUUGAAGAAUUAGAGAAGGAGGUAGCAGAUAUGAACGAAAGGUACCAAACUACGCUGGAGAUGCUCGGGGAAAAGAGCGAGCUCGUAGAAGAGUUGCGUGCGGACGUGGUCGAUGUCAAAGCCAUGUACAGGGAUCUGGUAGAACGCACGAUUAAAUAG